CCUCGAUCGUCAUCAGCCACACUACUCACUCCUCUCCCCCUCGCGGUAUCAACCCUGAGUCGUCUACGUCAGCUCUCCGAAAAAACUGCCUAGGCCGCUGCUAGCUACCAGCUGCUGGGGCACACGUAUAUAGAUCACAGCCGUCGAUCUGGUCGGGUCAGGAGAACCUGGACGAUCCCACUUGCCACCACCAACUAGUCUGAUCAAUCUCGCUACACUCGACCACACUUCUCACCCAAACCAAGUCGAUAGCAAACACAUCCUUGCAAGAUGGUCAACCGAGCACUCGAGGUCAACCCUCCCAAUGCGGACAUCAACAUCAACUACAAGGCGUCCAACUUUUUGUGGGCGAUCUUUGCCGCCAUGCUGUUCACCGACAUCCUCAUGAUGGCUUGGUGCUUCACCCUCCCCAAGGGUAGGAGGACCUUCCAUUACUUGAGCAUCAUCAUCUUGACCACGGCGUCCAUCGCAUACUUCUCCAUGGCGUCCGAUCUCGGUGCCACUCCCGUCUAUGUCGAGUUCUACGACGUUGGCUACACCCGACAGAUCUGGUAUGUCAGGUACAUCGACUGGGUCAUCACCACCCCCUGCCUCUUGCUCGAGCUCGUCCUCGCCACCGGACUCCCCCUGUCGGACAUCAUCGCCUUGAUCUUCUUCGACGAGGUCAUGAUCAUCACCGGUCUUGUCGGAGGUCUGGUCGUCAGCUCGUACAAGUGGGGCUACUUUGCCUUUGGAUGCGCCGCCUUGGUCUACAUCUGGUUCAUCCUCUUGUGGCCGGCCAUGCGAUCGGUUACCUUGCUCGGACCUGACUUCAAGCGAGCCUACGUUACCUCGGCUGUCAUCCUCUCGGUCGUCUGGACUGGUUACCCCAUCGCCUGGGGUCUUGCCGACGGUGGCAACUACAUCACCCCUACCUCCGAGAUGGUCUUUUACGGAGUGCUCGACUUUGUCGCCAAGCCCGUCUUCACCUUGUUCCACGUCUACAUGUUGUCCAAGGUCGACUACACCAAGAUGCAGCUCCAGUCUGGUAAAUUCUCCGAGGGUGCUUCGCUCAUCUCGCACCCUGCCCAGCACGCCGAGUUGGACUCCAUGAGGAAGAACGCCAGGGCCGACUCGACCGCCGUCGGUGUCGCCGAGCCCCGACACAGCACCGCUACCGCUGUCGGCCGUGAGGUCUAAGCGACGAGCAACAUAUAGCGCAGUGGAAGGAAGGCUAGAGGAGCAGACGGAAUCGUUGAUUGAUUCGCCAAACUGGAAGGAGAAUUUAGAUGCUUCAAGUGCAAAUGUCAAAUUGACGGGGUCACUGCAGCAGACUUGCGAUUUUUUAGAUUGAUAAUCAUGUAGCCAGUACACAUACGCAAACAUCCAAUAUUAUAAUUCACCAUAUUUG